AUGACUCCGAGAGAGAUCGAGCUCCUCAACAAGCUCGAGUUUCUUCAGAGUCAGGUUACCGAUCUUCACAAAGCUCGGGAGACAACACCCGGAGCAACAAGCGGAAGCGGUUCUGGACUAAGGUUCGACCCAUGGCUUCGCUCUACACUCCACGCGAUGGUGAAGAAGUACCUCGUCGACCCGCCUCCACCGAAGACGAACCCGAAAGCCGAGAAGCCGCGAAGAUGGGACCCGACCCUUAGCGAUAAGUUCGUAGAGCAGUUCGCCAGCAGCCGCGACCUAGAGAAGAACUCGGAUGAUCUCUAUGAGAUCCUCCAGCAUAAGAAUGAGCCCCUUCGUUCCUACAUAGCGUGCUUCAACCAAGCGAAGGUGGCUAUCCCUGAGUGCAAUGCUGAUACGGCUAUCUCAGCCUUUAAGCGGGGUCUACUUCCGGAGGGAGAUCUUUACAAGGAGCUGAUCAAAUACAAGUGCAGGAUUAUGGAAGACGUAUUGUCUCGUGCUUGGGCUCAAGUAAGGUGGGAAGAAGACGUUGCUAGUAGGGCCAAAGCCGAUCCGAAGUACGAUCAGAAGUCAUCAAAGCCUACUAGGAAUGACCGCGAUGAGCCCUCUCAUCCCAAGUCCACUAGGGAGACUAGUAUCCCGAACAUGGGCAGGUACCAGCAUCGACCUUUGCCUAGAUCCGAGGGAAUGAUGGUGUCUACUUGGCCUGACAUCUCCCAUCUUGCGAUAUCCAAACCGGAACUUAUCGGCGUCCUACGACAAAUGGGUCGUCAAGUCAAGUGGCCUCCUAAGAUGAAGGCCGCAGAGGCUAAUCGAAACCCCAUGCGAUGGUGUGAGUUCCAUAGUGAUCAUGGUCAUACUACGGAGGAUUGCAUAGCCCUGAAGAUGGAAGUCGCCGAGCUCCUCAAGAAAGGUUACCUAAGGGAGUUCCUCUCGGAUAAGGCCAAAAACCUUCUAAAUAAGGAAGGUCCCGGUCUCCCUAUCGAGGCAGCUCCUGCAUUGCCACCACAACAAGACCGGGUGAUCCAUGUCAUCUCAGGCGGAUCAGAGCUAAGCGGAAUUAGCAGUGCCGCAGCCAAGAGAAACGAGAUCAGCUUCACUGCAAGGGAGCAGGAGAAGGUCCUUGCCCCUCAUCACGACGCUCUUGUCAUUUCACUUACCAUAGAAAACUGCUUGGUCAAGAGAAUACUAGUAGACAAUGGGAGCUUCAGCAACAUAAUCUUCCAUUCGGCCUUCCCCGACCUAGGGUUGGAACCUACAGCGCUAACUAGAAAGGCGACUCCCCUUGUAGGCUUCAGUGGAGAAGUCAAGCAAACCUUAGGAGAGGUCAUUCUCCCCGUGUACAUCGAGGGGAUAAACCAAGCCACAAAGUUCCUAGUCGUCGACUGCCCUUCAUCAUACAACGUGAUAUUGGGAAGGCCUUGGAUCCACGACAUGGGAGCCGUACCUUCAACUUUGCAUCAGCUGGUCAAGUUCCCAAUCCCUUGGGGCAUUAAGGUGGUCAAGGGAGAUCAAGAGAAUGCUAGGUCCUGCUAUCAGACUACUCUUAAGGGAAAGACUCAGGUCUUAUAG